AAAUCUAACAAACAAAAUGGAGGCUGGCUAAGGAAUUCUGGGAGUUGAAGCUCACAAGUCAUAAAAGGGCCACGUUUGAAGACCCCCUGCUUUGAACGGUCGCUAAAUCAACCGUUGUACAUUUCCUUGGAAGCCAGAGCUCCUGUUUUUGGUCUGCAGGAUUCUGUUGCAGAGCAACUACGCUAAAUAAGUCCCCAGGAAAGUAAAUAAAUAAGUCCAUCCAAUCAAUAAAGAAGUUCAAAACAUAAAUAAGUUCAGAGGCAUGGGAAAAGAGCAGUUCUCCUGUUUGGCAUGAAUGAAAGAGACGAGGGUGGUGUUGUUGUCAAGUUCAGGGCACUUUAUUGUUUAUUGAUCCACCUGCUCAGGAUCAUCUGUGACAGGAUGUGUGAGGUCAUGUCAACGCUCUGUCACACCUCUCUACUUGUUGGUGAGCAAAAAUGGUGCAGAGAUAUACAGAUACAGAUAGAUACAAGAUUCUUUACCGGCUAAGUUCAGACAAAUGGCUGUCCCACCCUCUUCUUAAAAACACUGGAAGUUUUUAAGAAGAGACUGGACAGACAUUUGUCUGAAAUGGUAUAGGGAUUCCUGCUUGAGCAGGGGGUUGGACUAGCUGAUCUCUAAGGUCCUUUCCAGCAAUAUUCUGAAUCGAAAACAGACCUUAUAUUUUCCCAGUCCAUAGGCAUGUAUGAACCACUUUGUAAAACUACUUCCCCCCCCCAAGGAUGGAAAUCAGAUUGAGGCAACUUGCUAUAUAAGUACUUCAACGUGUAAUUUCCUGGGAUUGCUGUACAAGUCAAAACUCUUCGUUCUGAUUGCCUUUGGGAAUUGCAAAAUAAGCCAGCUUUUGGUAGGAACUGGUAGUUUGAAGGCCGGGUCAAAUGUCUGAACACUAUUUCUAUAUAGAGAGCUUUUCUUUCACUUUUUUUUUUUCUGAAGGUUUAUCUUGGAAGGUUUGUGAGCAAAUGCUUCAGGGAAAUAAUGCAAGGGCUUUUGAAGUUUGGCAAGACAUCCAGUCCAAGGGUUGAAAAGCCUGUGGGAUUUAUCUGCACACUUGCUCUUUAUGGAAGACAUUUUAUGCGAUGUAGGAGAAGAGUUUUGUCCGGCUUUUCAAAUAUGACCCUAUGGGAUCACGCUUCUUUGGGAUUCCGAUAGAAAAACCCACCCAUGAAAUUGCCAUUAUGUCACUCAGGGAGACUGACCCAGAUAUCGGUGCCUUUUUAGUAAGCAUCAACUUGGGACAGUAUCGUGCAAACUUUAAAGACUUUGGCUACCACACUGUACAAGAGUGCUUGGGCAUAAAUGACAGCAUCCUUCAACACGUUGGAAUAUCCCCUACGGGCCACCGUAGACGAAUCCUCAAGCAGUUGGAGGCCGUGUUGACAAGAAUGCCGGAAACAGCUACCUCAGAUCAAAGCAGCUCUCCCAGGCAUCUCCUCCAUCCCAAACAGGUGAACGAAGCAGGUGGCGGGCCAUCUGAUGGACACAGCAACACAGCUUGUGGCAGCAACUGUGAAAGAAACCCACACUACACAUCCCAUGUCUUGUUGGGAAACAGAGACAGUAGUCCAGUUUUGGAUCUGGACUCUUCUGACACGUUUGGUCCGAACCUAUUGGCGGAUCCUGCCACGGUUCCACGAAAUUCACUGAAAAACGUGAUGUCGGAAAAGAAACCUUGCAUGGAGGAUCAUCCAAAGACAGGGGAUCCACAAACGUCAGAGUUUCAUGUUAACGCCACUCCCAAAGAUGGAUCUCUGUCUGCUGCUUUCUCUCCUUCUGAGGAGAAAACCAGCCAGGUGGAACUCUUAUCAGACUUGAGAAAUUUGCUCGGUGAUCUGCAGGAGACACCGUUCGUUGAGUUCAAAGGUGAAAUGGUGCAAAACGAUUUGUACGACACUUGCGCCCAAAGUCCAUCAAGAGUGGGCUCCAGGCCAACGCGAUCUUUUAUGCUUCGGCACCGUCCUGUUCCAGAAAUCCCAGGGCUUUCCUCGCUGGCAACUUCGAACAGCUCUCUGCAUGAACGAAGAAGCGUGAAUGGUUUAAGUUUCCCUUCUUCUGAGGAUUGCAUUUCAGAAAACAGAGAACUAGCUGAAGGAAAACCACCUCCCAUUUCUCCUUAUGGUGAGACCUUCCUUGUGAAUUCUCACGAAGAGAUGGAAAUCUACAACACCGAAUCUUCAGAGGUGUCAGAAGAGAAGAAAAGGACUCCAAGCAAAACAGGUUUGGCUACUAGUAAUCAAAAUGCGAAAACCGCCGAAAAUGUAAAAGAGCCUGAAUUAGCAUCCCAAGGAGACCAAAGUCCCUUUCCGAAGAGAUUUGUCGGUGAAGCCGAAUCCGCUUUAUUGAAAGAAUGUUCUCGCUACGCUUGGAGAGGGAAAUAUAAACCUGCAAAGGGCCUCGGAGAAUUCAAAAGUGGAAGUCUGGAUCUGGAUGCUAAAGACCAGAUGUUUUCUUCCCCUGCUGAUUGUGAUGAUGAAUUAGUCCCCGACUCCAAAGACACAAUCACACCUUAUGCCUGCUUUUACGCUCCGGCAGCAAAGAAGGUUAAAGAAGGAUGGCUGGAUAAACUAUCUCCUCAAGGGAAGCAUGUUUUUCAGAAACGCUGGGUGAAGUUUGAUGGCGAAAGCAUGGCUUAUUAUAAUAACGACAAGGACAUUUACUCCAAGGGCAUAAUUCUUCUGUCAGCGAUAGCUACCGUCCGGAUGCACGGAGACAACAAGUUUGAAGUAGUGACGGCGCACAGAAUAUUCGUCUUCAGGGCUGAGAAGGAAGAAGAACGAAACAACUGGGUAACCGCCAUCUUCACUGCUCUGCGCACCCUCCCGGCAAUUUCUCGAGCACGGACAGCCGUUCCUCCCGAGAAAAGCGGCUAUCUAGAAUUGAAAGGCUAUAAGGCCAAAAUCUUUACCCUGCUGCAAGGGAACAGCGUGUGGAUUUGCAAGAACAACCAGGAUUUUAAAUCUGGCUAUGGCAUUACCGUCAUACCUAUGAACGUGGCUAAUGUGAGGCAGAUUGAUCGGGCCGCAAAACAAUCUUUCGAAAUAAUUACACCUUACCGGAGCUUUAGCUUUACUGCCGAAUCUGAGAAAGACAAGCAGGAUUGGAUAGAAGCCCUCCAGCAGUCCAUUGCAGAAACUCUCUCUGACUAUGAAGUAGCUGAGAAGAUCUGGUUCAAUGAAUCAAACCGAACUUGUGCUGAUUGUAAAGCUCCUGAUCCUGACUGGGCAUCCAUCAAUCUCUGCGUCACCAUUUGCAAGAAGUGUGCAGGACAGCACAGAUCGUUAGGACCCAGAGAUUCAAAGGUGCGAAGUCUCAAAAUGGAUGCCAGCGUUUGGACCAAUGAACUCAUCGAGCUUUUUAUUGUGAUAGGCAAUGAAAGAGCUAACAGCUUUUGGGAAGGAAAUCUUCAGCCGGAUGAAAAGUUACAAGUAGAUGCCCCAGCUGACAGGAGGCUAACUUUUAUUACCCAAAAAUAUAAAGAAGGAAAAUUCCGAAAAAUUACGCUGCUGUCUAAAACCAAGGAGGAGUUAAAUAAGGCGCUCUGUGCUGCAGUUAUUAAGCUGGAUGUAUUAGAGACCAUGAUGUUGUUGUUUAGUGGAGCAGACGUGAUGUGCGCAACUGGAGACCCCGUGUUCAGCACCCCAUAUUUGUUAGCCAAAAAAUCUGGGCAGAGAUUGCAAAUGGAAUUCCUCCACCACAAUAAGUUUUCAGAUUUUUCCAGCUGUGAUGGCCACGCCAACACCAUUUCCUCUCCCAAUUCGCCUUUACUGUCCUUCCUUUACGAUAAUUUAUACAUGGUUUCCUUCAACCCUUCCAAAUUGUUUAUUGAGAGAAAAAUUAAAGAAGAGUGCAGUAGGAGAUGGUGCGUGUUGGAAAGCGGCUUUUUGAGUUACUACGAGAACGAGAAGAUGGCCACCCCAAGUGGGACAUUGGACAUCAGUGAAGUCAUCUGUCUUAUCAUUCAUAAGUCGGAAGACACCUUACCCAUGGGAGCGAUGUUUACCUUUGAAAUCUACUUACUGUCAGAACGUGCAUUUCUCUUUGGAGCGGAAACCGCGCAUUCUCAACGAAAAUGGACUCGGGCAAUUGCUAAGCACUUUGUACCUGAAUUGGCCCAAGGUCUUCAGGAGAGAGAGACAGAUGUUAUUGGCCAGCUGUUCUACAAAGACUGCCAGGACCUUGAUAAUUGGAAAAAGGGCUGGUUUGCUCUAGAGAAGACCAGCUUGUAUUUUUACCUCAAACUGGAAAAUUCACAAGAGAAUUCAAUGCAUCUAAGGCGGCUCCAGGAGUUAACGAUCAGUAGCUGUGUCCAAAAUGGAGAAAAAACAGAUGUUCUGCUACUGGUUGAGAAAGGAAGAACAUUAUACAUCCGCGGCCACACCAAGUUGGAUUUCACAGUCUGGCGUAGCGCAAUUGAAAAAGCAGCUGGUACAGAUGGCAACAUGUUAGAAGAUCAGCAGCUCAGCAAAAAUGACGUGCCGAUUAUAGUGACCAGCUGUAUCGCAUUUGUUACGCAGUAUGGUUUGGGAAGCAAACAUAUCUACCUGAAGAAUGGAAAUCCUUUAUAUGUCAGAGAGCUUUUGGAAGAUUUCAAGAAAGAUGCCCGAAGUGUUAAGCUGAGGACUGGGAAGAACCGUCUGGAAGAUGUUACUGAUACCCUGAAAUGUUUUCUUUCUGAAAUAGAUGACGCACUACUGACCAAAGAACUUUAUCCUUUUUGGAUCUCAGCACUAGAUACCCUGGAUGACAAAGAAAGGGUGCGAAAAUACAGCAGCUUUAUUCACACGCUUCCACCCAUCAAUCAAGCCACUCUGGCAGCAUUAAUGGAACACCUGUACAGGGUGCAAAAAUGUUCAGAAAUCAACCUGAUGGACCCUCACCAUCUGGCGAUGGCUUUGUCCUCCUGCCUCUUUCAGACCAAAGGACAGACGAGCGAGGAAGUUGACGUGGUGGAGGACUUAAUUAUAAAUUACGUGCAGCUUUUUGAUAUUCAGCAAGAUCAAGUGAAGCAAAUGGACAUUGAAAACAGCUUUAUCACCAAAUGGAAAGACACGCAAAUUUCUCAAGCUGGAGACUUGCUAAUCGAAGUUUACGUGGAAAGGAAGGAACACGAUUCCAGCAUUAUAAUAAGGAUCUCCCCAACAGUGGAGGCAGAAGAAUUGACGAAUGACGUCCUGGGAAUUAAAAACAUCACACCCCACAAGGACGACACGUGGGCCACCUUUGAAGUGAUCGAAAAUGGAGAACUGGAACGUCCCCUGCAUUGCACUGAGAAUAUUCUAGAACAAAUCCUUCACUGGAGCUCCUUGGCCAGCCCCAGCAACGCCUCCCUUAUAGUAAAGAAAUUUCCAACCGUGGGGCUGAUGGGUGAAGAUUCCAGACAUUCAGUGAACCAAUCUUCACCCAAGAUUAAUUUAGAGGAAAUGUCCAAAGGCCCCAUCAAAGCCGGCUACCUGAAAUACAAAGAAGAACCCUCCAAACUUCUGUCUGCCAAUAAGUUUCAAGACCGUUAUUUUGUUUUACGAGAAGCAAAAUUGUGGCUUUAUAAGGACAUGAAGAGCAGCAAAGCUGAAAAAGCCUUUCCUGUCAACUCAAUGAAACUUUACCUCGGGGUGAAGAAAAAACUGAAACCACCAACAAACUGGGGUCUAACACUGCUGUCUGAAAAGCAUCAUUGGUAUUUGUGUUGUGAUGGACAGAAUUCUCAGCUCGAAUGGCUGAACAGCAUUUUUACAGCUCAGCACAGUGCUAUGUGUCCACCCGAUGGGAAGUCCAGGAAGCCCUCUAUUACAAAAAAUCCAAAAAUCGGUGGCCUUUCUUUAAUUCCAAUUCAGCACAACCCAAGGAUCCCAAAAGCUAAAGCCAGCUCAGCUGAGAAUUCAAAACUGGAAACGCAAUGGGACUUAGCUGAAGAGAAGACAGGCUUAAAGGAGCGAUCCUCACGGGUCGUUCAACAUAAAGAACGGAAAGAGGAAAAACCCUGGAAUCAAAGAAGAAAGCACCGCAGCCUGAUCUGUUUGGACGAAGUGGGUGAAAACGUUGUGGACUUGGACCGAAGGUCCUGCAAAGAAUCAAAAUCGCCAAGGAGAAGUGAGAGCAAAGCCAGAGAAACACACUUGGAAUCCGAGAAGCAACUGCCAGCAAAUGUUCUUCAAGAGCUCCACACCGUCUUGCAGAGGACCAGAGCCCUCCACGAUGAGACUUAGAAGCCCUUCCGAUAUGGACCUCAAAGAAAUGAGUCACGUUAAUGUACAGUGUACAGGCUUUCAGUGUAUUUAAAUGUAAAUGUUGAACGAAAAGAUAUUGAGCGCUCUCUAUCCCUUUGGGAACCUUAAUACUUUUGUACUGACCCCUGCCCCUCUUGUCGUCAAGAUUUAAUUCCCCAAAUAAUGUUGGUCAACUGGAGAUUCUCAGUCUUCCCUAAGAUGUCCCUAAGAUGCUUUUUCAGAAGGCAACUGGACUUGGUUCUUCCUUGAAGACAUUUCACUUCUCAUCCCAAAAGCUUCUUCAGGGAAUGGACCAGUCUGAAAAAGAAGUGUAUGUAUGUAUAUAUAUAUAUGUAUAUGUAGGUCUUUGGUUGUUCGGGUUUUCUCCCGUGUAAAAUUGGAAGUGUCUUGGCAAUGUUUUGAUGAAGUCGAAGAAGUUUCGACGUCGCCAAGACACUUCCAAUUUUACGCGGGAGAAAACCCGAACAACCAAAGACCUACAUACAAACACCUGCGAAAACCUCAGAAAACAAAUAUGUAUAUGUAUAUGUAUAUGUAAUUCUCUAUGUGUGUAUUAAUAACAGAUUGGUUCCCUAUUUUCCUCCGUAAAGUAACUAAAUUUGAUCCAAUUGCAAUCAGAUUAGCAAAUAGCUGAUUUGAAACCGAGGUGGCGCAGCAGUUAGGGUGCAGUACUGCAGGCCACUUUAGCUGUCUGUGUUCAGCAGGUCAGCGGUUCAAAUCUCACCAGCUCAAGGUUGACUCAGCCUUCCA